AUGUGCUGCAUAGAAGAUUCCCCAAGAUCGCGUAAGCGAGUUGGGAAAAUCGCGUUGGUGGUUAUGUUGUGUCUAAUCGCAGUGCUCUACCUCAUCUUCUUUGUUGUCAUGAGAAAUCCGAAGAACCUCAUUUCUCUUAUCGGCAUCGGAGCAAUGGUACUAAUAUGCGUGCUUAUGUCGGUUCACCCGUUGAAGAUUAACUGGCAACCAGUUCUUAUGGGAUUCUUCAUCCAGUUUACCUUUGCUGUCGUCACACUACAAACGAAACCCGGGUAUGCAGUUUUUGAUUUUAUCGGGGCUCAGACGUCGGCUCUAAUGGAGAACAGCAAAGUUGGAGCUUCGUUUGUUUUUGGCGACCUGAUUGAGACCAGAUGCUUUGUCAUACAGGUAGAAUUUUGAAGCUCAAAGAACGAAGCCCCGUUGUUGAUCAAACCCUACAUGACACAGAUGACGAACUCGGAGCUGCACGCCAUAAUGGUGAAUGGUUUUGCAUCCAUUGCAGGUCCUGUAAUGGUGGUUUACAUAAAUUUCGGGGUUCCGGCGAAUCAUCUUCUAAUAGCAUGUGUGAUGUCUGCUCCAGCUGCAUUGGCUAUUGCCAAGAUCCUCUACCCAGAGACUAAAUUGGCUCCACUUGCCAAAGGAACCGACAGUGCCCUCUAUUCC